AACUCAGUUGGCGGCAAGCGUUCGGUUUCUGUCGAUAAGCAGGAAACUCUUUAAUAUUUCAUCUUUACAUUCAAUUUUCCGACCUGCAGUUUUUUUCCCCCAACUAGGCUACAGUACGACAAGUCACGCCAAAUAAAGAUGAUGGACAAGCUGAAGUCAGAGCAGGACAAACUCUGUAAGUGGCUUUCCAGUGACCCUGAUUACAUCCUAAAUGAGUUUGGGGAUAUUUUAUCUCGGAAUGAAUUCAGAGAGGUAGAAAAUCAAAGCGAUGCCUUAGACAAGAUGAGGAUGCUUUUGAAAAUAAUAAUUCAGAAGGGAAGUGAGAGCUGUCAGAGCUUCUGGGAGAUUCUGAAGGAGCAUCAGGUCCAUUACCCGCAAGUGCAACAGCUUUUCCACCCCAACACUGCAGGGUCAUCUACUCCGACAGUGGUUGCUGAUUGUAAUAGUGUUGUUACUGUCAGAGACUUAACAUUAACAAACGCAAAGUCCCUCAACAUGAAGAUUGAAACAGCGCAUGGUCCUGGAAGUAGUUCAUCUGGGAAUAUUGGUGGACAGGUUCCCUAUGCAAACUACACUGCACUUGGCGGCAGUGUAAUAUGUGCUGAUAAAAUAACUGGUGUCAAUGUGGGUGAUAUUGAUUUAUCAGUGUGUGUGAACACACCACACAAGUACAAGUGUGUACAAGUACGUGCAGGAACUGUAGAUGAGACACUGCCUCCCUCUCAGGGCCGUGCUGUGAAAAUGAUCAUUGAGCACAAGGUGGAACUCAUUGAUUGCCUGAAGGCAGAUCACUCCUUCAUUCUGCAGCAUCUGCAUGCCAAACAUAUCAUCACAGACAGACAGUAUCACAAAAUUAAACAUAUCUCACUGCCAGAAACAACUGUCACUGACCUGAUCGAUCAAGUGAUUGGUAACGGUCAAAAGUCCUGCUCUGAUUUUCUUGAAGUUCUCAAACUGCCUGAUGUUCUCGAGACCUAUCCACAGCUCAAACAAAUUACCAACAAACUGAGGUAAACAACAGUGGAAGCUGUGCAAAUCACCCACUUACCUUUUUUAGACCCCUUAACUUUGCGGUUAUUUACCAAAAACAGUCUGCAGGCUGCUGCUUUUUAAUGUCCCCAGAGUUAUUCCCAAGUUAGGAAAAGCUGCCUGUUCAUAUUGUGCAACCUCAACAUGAAACACCUUACAAAAGAUUCUCCAGUCAGAGCUGCUGGUACCACUUGCGGAGUUCAAGUUGUGUUCGCCUUCGUCCUUAAGGAGGACUGAUGUUUCCCAUAGGCUCAAUAUUCUGUGUGUGUGUAUAGGUGUCUUGGAAGAUGUUUUAAUGUGUUGUAUUAUCAAAUGUGUGUCAAUGUAACUUUUAAAUGCUGUUUGGCUGCCUUCUUUGACCAGUUAAAAGAGAUGGUUAAAUUAAGUUUAAUUAAAUGAAUAAAUAAAAUGUUUCUAAUUAAUAUUUUAAAUAAAAUGUUUAAAAUCCA